GUAUGUUAUUUUCUUUUUUUAGGAGUAAAUGAGGUAGACUACAGUCUUUAUCCUAACAGGAAAUUACAGGAACAAUGGUUGAGAUCUUACCUUGAGGCCUACAAAGAAUAUAAAGGAUUUGGCACAGAAGUCAGUGAAAAAGAAGUUGAAGUUCUAUAUGUCCAAGUCAAUCAGUUUGCACUGGCUUCCCACUUCUUUUGGGGACUGUGGGCUCUAAUUCAAGCCAAAUAUUCCACCAUCGACUUUGAUUUUCUAGGGUAUGCAAUUGUUCGGUUUAACCAGUAUUUCAAAAUGAAGCUGGAGGUCAUGACAUUAACUCUUCCUGAGUAAUGAAGAGGAAGGAACUUACCAAGUGGACAGACAACCCCUGAAUCUUUUCUGAGAACAGAUACUGGAAAAAAGCUAAACAUUUGUUGAAGUUCUGUAAUGCUCACUUGGUGGUUCUUGCUUUAUAAAUAAUGCCUCUAUAAACAGUCCCUCAAUGUUAAAUUUAAUAUGAAGAGCAUAUGUACUGCUGUUGAUAUAAAACGGAUUAGAAACUUGCUAAACCUAGAAGAAGUUGUAGAAAUGGGCAAUUUAAUCCUUCUUUGUAAUUUAACAUAUGUUGUAUGUGAAUUAUUUAUUAUAAGUUUAACAUGAUUCCAUUGCUGCUUUCAUCAGUUUUUGUAAAGGUUGGGUGCAGACAGUGAAGUUGUUCCAAAGGAUUCGUUUAACAACUUAUUUUAUUGAAGUUGCAUUAACUUAUUUUAAAGAAAACCUGGUCGGAGAAUAUUAACCUUUUAGAUGUGUAC